GCGAGUGCGCGCAGCCUCUGGAUUGCGUGGCCGCGCCGCUGCUGUGGAUCGACGAUCUGGCGGCGAGUGGUCGUGGGCGAGCGGUGACAUUUUAAAGAGGCGAAGAGAGUGGGGCGCUCCCUCUUCCACAGCGACAGCAGGUCCGGGCGGGGCGGCGCCAUGAGGUUUUGCUAUAAAUAUCCAGCCAAGUGAUGGCAAAUUUAGUGGAAAAUAUGAACAUGAACCCGGGAAAACAAACCUGGAACGUGGCUGCUGAUGGAAUAAGUGGAAGGAAUUUGAAAGACUAUGAGGGAGGUACAGAAAGUGGGGAGGCACUGUCAGUCACAUCUGCAUCCGUGAUGCAGUUCCUGACGACCAGUGGCAGCAGUAGUAACAAACAGCAUCUCGUUGGAGUUGAGAUCACAAGUGGAGCUAGUGGGCAACAGGAGCACCUUGCUCAGGCAACCAAUGACCUGUCAGAGCUGGAACAAAGUCUUGCUGCUUUAAAUGAAUUGCAAAAUACUACGAACAGAGCAAAAUCCGAAAGGGAAAUGGGCUUGUACCCAGGCACCUGUGAUGAUGAUCUCACUGGGGUCUUUGAAGAUGGUGGCUCAGUAGAUUUUUUGCCAGAUCUUGAGUUCUUCCCAUCUCCAAAAGGGGAGAAACAGCAGGAUAGCCCUUGGAGCCUGACUGAAUUCUGCGAAGAUGACAAUUCGGGCCUUCUGUCACCUCUGUCUUCUGAGCCUGCCUUGCUUGGGAGCAAUUUGAUGGAACCACAGCCGACUGAGGACUGCAUUGUUUCUUGGCCAACUUCAGAAAAUAAGGGUACUGAGAGCAAAGAAAAUAUUUGGGCCCCAUUGCAGUUGCCAGCUACUAGCUCUACUUCAAAGGACAUGAAACUGGAACAAGAGAGCUACAUUGAGUUAGUCACUCCAGGAGUCAUUAAGCAGGAGCAAGUCAGCAGGGGUUACUGCAGUGCUGCAAAUGGGUCAUCGUUAGCACAGAAUUCAGUUAAGGAUCCCAUCUAUAUAUACAGUACAGAACCAGUUCAAACUUCUGGCAGUAACAGUCCCUUCUUCGACUUCAUUCCGACUUUCUCAGCUGUUACUCAGGCCUGGGAUGUGAGCCAUCAUCCCAGUCCAAUUUUUACUGGCAGCAAGACAGGGGAUCUCUCUUCUGUGAGAGGAGCUUUACCAUCCAAUCGCAACAGCUCUGCUCUGAAAUCUGACGGAAGCUCAUCAACCGCCACCACCUCGAAUGCCUCCUCGGGGCCACCUGCCAAAGUUUGUCUAGUUUGCUCAGAUGAAGCAUCUGGAUGUCAUUAUGGUGUUCUUACUUGUGGCAGUUGCAAAGUGUUUUUCAAAAGAGCAGUAGAAGGGCAGCAUAACUACCUCUGUGCUGGAAGGAAUGAUUGCAUCAUUGACAAGAUCCGUCGAAAGAACUGCCCAGCUUGCCGUUUUAGAAAGUGUCUCCAGGCUGGGAUGAACCUUGAUGCACGGAAGAUGAAGAAAAAGGUGAAAGCACCACAUACCAACAUCUCUGAAACUACUUCAAAGGCAGUAUCACAAGAUGUUUCUUUAGUUCGCCCUGUUUUGAAUCCAUCUGUAAUAACGAUCCUUGAGGUGAUUGAGCCAGGACUCUUGUAUGCAGGAUAUGACAGCUGUAUCCCUGAUACACCUCACCGGCUUCUGUCAGGAUUGAAUAACUUGGGUGGGCUACAGAUGAUCUCAGUUGUGAAAUGGGCAAAAUCUCUACCAGGAUUCAGAUCCUUACACCUGGAUGACCAAAUGAUGCUGCUGCAGUAUUCUUGGAUGUCUCUCAUGGUUUUCAGUCUUGCUUGGAGAUCUUAUAAACAUACCAACAGUCGCAUGCUGUUCUUUGCACCAGAUCUUGUCUUUGAUGAGCAACGGAUGCAGCAGUCGAUGAUGUACGGCUUGUGUAAAGGAAUGAGCAACAUCGCAUUGGAUUUUAAAAAUCUCAAGGUUGUCUAUGAAGAAUACCUAUGCAUGAAGGCAUUAUUGCUUCUUGGUACAAUACCAACAGAUGGCUUGAAGAGCCAGGUGGCAUUUGAUGAGAUUCGAACCUCAUACAUAAAAGAGCUAGGAAAAGCCAUAGUAAAGAAAGAGGGAAGCUCAAGCCAAAACUGGCACCGAUUUUAUCAGCUGACAAAACUUUUGGAUUCAAUGCACGAUUUGGUUGAAGGGUUGUUGCAGUUUUGUUUUUAUACCUUCGUGGAAUCAAAGACUCUCAGAGUGGAGUUCCCGGAAAUGUUGGUGGAAGUUAUUAGCAACCAGUUACCAAAGGUCAUGGCGGGAAUGGCUAAACAGCUUCGGUUUCACCAUAAAUGACUGCCUUAAAAAGGAAAAAAAUGCCUUAAAGUUAUCCUCCGUUCCUUUUUGCAAAGUGAUCGGAUUUUGGAAAAGUUUGUCCUGCAAGCGCUUGCCAUUAUGUCAUAUGCACUACAGAGGGUUAGGCCUGGGCUGAGGUAAAAAGGAAACAGUUUUACAGCCUGGAGACUGUACGUUGAAAAAAUAUAAGUGACAGAAAUCUGCAUGUAGUUUGUUGUGAAAUUUAUUUUUGUGUACUGUGAUACCAGUUUGAUUUUAUGCAUGCAUUCUAAUGAGAAGUUUACAGUGUAUAUCAGAAAAGGGAAAAUUGUGCCUUUUUUAAGCUUUUUAAGUCUAAUGUAGCCAAUUUGGACAGUUUCCUCUAUUGUUAAUGUAGGAGAACUGGUAAUUUACUCAGUAUUUUCUUUAUCUGUAUUUUUUUUUUGUAUAAGUGGAAUUUGAGCCUGAUAAAAGUUUUCCUUUAUAACAGUCAUGAAAUUCUAUGUUGUACAAGUAAACUUGCCCAUUGCUUUAAUGUAAAUGUGUAAAAACUGAUCAUUUUGUAAUAUACUGAUCAACAAACUGGUAUUUGAACUACCUUAAAAAAUUUAAUGUGUGAUUUGAAAGGGGCAAACAUAUUUCUGGAAAUUAUAUGCAUUUUCAAGCGUGGAUUAUGUAUGUCAUCCUGUAUAAAAUGCAUCCCGGGUUACAUAGGAAUUGACAGUGGCCAUAUAUGAUGAUGUGUUUAUUAAUUACCUUUGGUAAUGUGAAAUUUUAUAACUUUAUUUCAUUCAGUUCCAGUGUUUGUUGGUUCACCAAUGCUGGUAGAUUUAUGCUCCUGCUCCAUAAUGGAGCCCACACAACUUCUGUGAUAGACUCCACAAUAUUAAUUAGGAAAAUUUCCCUCUGGUUUCACUGGGGAUAACGCAUUCCUUAAUGUAAGCAUCUUAUAGCAUUUAAAGAGACAGUAGUCUGGUAUAAAGUAGGACGAAUGCUAGCGAUUUUAAGUUUUUGUUUUUAAAUGUUGUGAGGGCCUCCGUUGGUCAGAGUUGACCAUGGAUAUUGCGCCCUUGCUAUCUAUAUACACAAGCCUGGGCAGUACAAUACGGAGAGCAAGCUGUUGCCCAUGUAGCAAGCUCCCCCUCUCUACACAUCUGAUAAACCCAAAGGAGCGGCAGAGACCAAUACAUUUGUGUACCAGCAGUGUAACAAGAGUUGCCAGUCAACAUUGAACACAAUGUAGGACUGUCUUAGGGACUCCAGCUCUGGAUUUUCCUCGGGGUUUACUCAUGAGUGGGUAUAGCCACAAGGCAGUGGAGGUUUGACUCAGAGUUUUCCUUCUAGAUGAGCUGCCAACCAUGACUAAAGAGCCCCAUCUGCUUGAAGUGACUGGUUUUAAGGUGCCAGUAACUUGCCUUUGCCCUUUCUCCUGUCAAUAGAAAUGGUUCCGCCGGUCUUAGUAGCUAAGCCACGCAUGAAGGUGAGGAGCUGGACCUGGUUGUCAGAGGCUAUUUGAGGAGCACGCCGUUGGGAGCAUUUAAUAGGUAGUGGGAGUUUGUCCCCAUUACCAACCCCGGCUAUAACAACCUUAAGGAACCAAUGUUAGGUUGAUUGCAAUUACAUUGUGUUCAGUAAAUUUCUAGUUGAUCAGUCAGCCAUAUUCAUGCUUCUGGGUGGUAUGCAGUUUGGAAUAUAUUGGAGGGCAAUACCAUUGAAAUGUAGAGAAAUAACGAACUUCAUUCAUGAUCAUAGUUGCACGGAUGGGAUGGUAACUCAAGCUAAAAUGAUUAUUGCAGGUAAGACUGGAAAUAUACUUGGUGAAAGCAAGAAGAAUUGUCCUCAAAGAAAUCAGGAAAUGAAAAAACUGAAAUAGUUUGAAUAUUUUAUCCUUCUCCAUUCUGUGUCAUUGAACUUACGACAUCAAAGAGCAAUGGUGUUUAAAAUUAUAUGUGGUUUAGACAAAAUUAUUUAAUCACGUUUGUUGCUAUUUCCCAUCACAAACUGAUAUACGGGUCCUAAUGCUUGAUUUCACCAAGAACUCAAAACUAUAGUCAACAGACAGAAUGUUUAAUAAUGUGUUUCAAUCCCUUUGAAUCUCUUGUUAUCAAAUAAUUGCAUCAAAGCAAACCAUAAAACUCUUAAUGCUGUUUGAUUUUUGUAAUAUCAGCUUUCUGGUGAUCAGCUUGAAAAUUAGCAUGAAAAGAAUGGUGACAUUGAAUGUGGGAGAUGGGGGUGUUGAGGUGUGAAGUUGGGCAGCGUUUCAACAACUGCAGUGGAAUUCUGCAUCAUUUCACCACAUCACUUAAUUCAACUGUAAUUUAUUUUGCACAGUAUAUCCAUAUAUGCCCUAUAUAUGAAUUUCUCUUUGGUGUAACAAAGUGGUAUAUUUGGGAGGGGGGAGGGAGUUAGAAAAAAAAACAAUCCUACAUAUUAGAAUGCAUAUUUAGCAAAAGGUAAAUUAAAAGUAAAGUUUGUAUUUCACUGCAUUCUUAAUUCAGAGAUUUAAGCAUUUAAUCAAAAUACUUUGUUUUCUGGAAUCAUUGUUCUUUUACAGUUUCUGAUUCCUGAUUAGCCAAAUUAGUGCUGCACUAAUUGUCCCUGUGUGUAACAAUGAGUACUGGUACUGUGGAUGGCCCAUAUUGUAAAUAGCCAUAGCUAUUGAACAAGUGGAAAGAGACGAGUUUGUUUUAGUUUCUUUUCUAAUGACCCACACAUGGUGGUGCUGACCUUUUUUUCGGUGACUUGAAAUUAAACAUUGAGCCCAGUAAAAAUGUGUAGAGUAUUUAUAGCCCACAUUGAUGAAAGUAUUCUUUAAUAGGGAUACAUGGGCUACUACCUAGCCAGUCUUUUUCUAAGGAUUUUAUAUUUUUUGGAUAGAUGGAGAAAUUGCAUCCCAUGUGGAUAGCAAGUUCAAUAAUUAUGCCAAAAAUUGGAAUUCACUUCUAUUGUCUGUUCUAAUUACUUAUCCGGGUGAGAAGAAAAUGUCUUCAAUAUAUGGCUACAAUUUUCCUUCAAUAUAGUUUGUGACUAGUGACUAUUUAUACCAAUGCUCUAGCCAAGGCCUGAUUUUAAGUUUUUUUUGUGAUAGUAUAUAAGUUGUUGACAGUUCAUAUUUUUCUUCUUGAAAGAUUUGGCACCUACUCUGUAUCCAUACAAGUCAGGAUGCAGAAUAAACAGGGAAAAAUACUUAAAGCCCAGGUCGUUUUAUCAGGAGUUUUAUUUUGCAAAAGGUGCUUUAUUUUAAAAAAUUCUAUUGUGUGGGCUGGACCCGUUGAGGGGGACGACCGUUUUUUUUUCUUAAUUUCUGCCCUCCACACCUUAGGAGAAACAAGACAACCAUGUGUACAGCACCAAAUAGGUUUCUCAAUUUUAGCCAUCAUUCAGCAGAAGCAAAAAUAAAUUCUAACACCAGCCAAUUCUGGACCACACCACUACAUCCCUCCAUUAUAAGGAGAUGAAUAAAUGCUGCAAAUAGAGUUCUUUUUGGAUGUUAUCUCAAGAAUACAACCAAAUCUCUGCCUUUGUAUUUAGCUAAGCAUAAUAUAUAGGUAACCAAGUAACAAAUGCAUAGAUAUAUAUUUUUCAAAUUUUAAGCAGAUUCUUUAAAUAUACUGUUUCUGGUGAAUUAUUACAGGAUGAUUUUGGUUCCUUUGUCAGUUUAGAAACUAUAUCUUUGUUCAUCACGCUUUUUUAAAACAAGGAUAAUUGUGAUCUCCUACAUCAGUUAUUAUGAAAGAACGUUGAAUGUACCUCUGGCUGCUCAGAGGAACUGAAGUCUCUUGAUACUAUUUCAAUGCAUAGGAUAUACUUCAAAAACCUUGGGUAACAAUUUUACAAUAGCUGACUGAUUUUAAAUGGUUUACCUUUGAUGCAAAGUGAGUGAUAAAUGUUUCUGUCUGUAGCAGGCAGGGAGGAACAAAAUUUGGAAAAAAUGAUGUGCUUAUGAGAUGAAAAAUUAUAUAGCAGUUUAUAAAAAUAUACUAAAAUGAGAUUGAUUUGUGAUUAAGUAAGACCACAGAAAAAUAGGGAGAAAUUUUAUAAGCUUUUUAGAUGGAUAUAUGGAGGGAGGAGGUGGUAUUGAAUAUAACUUGCCUCAUCGAGAUUAAAUUUGGUGUAUAAAUUGCUAGUUAAAAUUUGUUUGUUCAGAUAACAGUUUGUUAUUUGUCACAAUACUGAAAGUACCUACAAAUUACUGAUUUAAAAAAAACAGCACAAGAUAUACUACUAGCAGGUGUCCUACAAAUUGUGUUUCAAGAACACAGUACAUUAAUCUGUCAAUAGGAGCUAGAUGAAGCUGAAGGGUUUAAAAUGACUUUAGUGAGUUUAUGAAUACAGUAUUCACACACACCUAGUAUAAGUGCCCAAAGCAUUAUGAGAAUCAGAUUGCAUGCAAAAUCACGAAGAAUUAAAUGUUUUAAUCAAACCUGAAGCUGUUUUAUUCAUCUCAGUGAUUAAAUUUGAUAAAGCUUAUAGAUUCAGAUUAAGAAUCUUAAGAAAAUUAUUAAUAAAAGUUGUUAAGGUGACAGUGUACUUUAUUAACCUUUCUAUAAUUUGCCUAAUCACAUAAUGAGGUUUACAAAUGGUGCCAAUUUUGGCAAGACUAAAAACUGCUUAAACAUAAGGACACUGACAUUUCAAAAUUAACGGUGUGCCUUUUACAGAAGGACAGAUGAGCAUGUGUCCUCAAUGUAGAGAUAUAAACUCUUAAAUAUUUUUCAGAACUGUCUGAUAAUGAUUGUAUAUUUUAAUGUCCGUGCACUGAGAUAAUGUAAAGACCAGACAAUCAAAUGUGGCUCUAUUACCUCAAAAGAAAAUUGCUGUUGUAGAUUAUAUACAGGAUUGUGUAAUAGUUUAUUCAUAAUGUGCCAUUUUGAAAUAUGGGGGAAAGAAUGAACAAACAUUAGCAAUUUCAUAAGUGUAAUAUGGAAAGCUUGCUAAUCUCCAUGGUCUCUCAUCUUCUUGAUGUAAGAUGAUCCAUUAAUAGGAUAACACCUGUGUGUACCUUCCUUAAAAAUAUUAGUUUAUUUGAAUUACUAUGUAAAUCCAACAGGUGUGUGUUUUGUAGAAUGUUUUUCCAGGGUCCUGCUUCUCUUUAUGCUUUGAACUGAUCUUUGUGCAGUUGUGUCUCAUUUACUAAUAGUGUUGCAGAUGAAAUUUGCAUUAAUUGUGCAGGUGUUUAAGUCCAAUAAUUGUGAAUAGCUCUCAAUAAUGCAGAAAUUGGAUAAUAAAUUCGCUUUUCCACUAACUGUC